UCAGAGACUGCAAACAAGCCAGCAGCCUGUAUUAUGCCCAUGGUAACAAAGCAAGCGAAAUGGCAGAUGUGAACUCCAAGAGGGCAUCUCAGUUCUUGCAAAAAUGUAUUAAGCCAGAGGACAACGGAGGGGACGCACAGCCCAAAGAGGAGAUAAGAGAAGAGCAGUCUCUCCCCGUUAUCACGCAAUCCUACCCUCAGACAGUGCAAGAGGAAAUAUCGAUGGUGUUCAACACCUACAACAUGGCAGCCAACCUCGGCCCAGCCUCCAGGAGAAAGAGGGAGAAAGGUGCAAAUCACGAUGGCACAAGCACCUCCCUCUAUGUUGACCGCCGCAAGUCCAAGGUGUGGAACUAUUACACCAAGCUGGGAGAUGCCUAUGUCGAGUGCAACGUGUGCAAGAAGCAGCUCUCCUUUCACAACAGCACCACCACCAUGCGGGAGCACCUGGUGAGGAAGCACAGCAUUCGCGACACUUUGCUCUCGCAGCUGAAGGAUGACCAGGCUUCCGAGUCUGACUGCAUGGCUCAGGAGAACAUGAUAAAGAGGUCCCGGCAGAUGACACCAGAAAACUACCUGUACCAUGCCGCGUCCUGCUCGGAACCAAGGACUGAUGUGAUUUUGGAACUGGUGCUUGAGAUGAUAUUUCGUGACCUCCAUCCUCUUUCCGUGGUGAAAGACAAGGGUUUUGGCCUCCUCAUUGGGUAUCUAGAGCCUAAUUUUACCCUCCCAUCUCCUAUUCAGCUCUCCAGCAUGCUGUGGCAUAGAUACAAUGUGGUGAAGCAGCACCUGGAGCGCUAUUUGCAAACAGCCCAGUCCAUAGUCAUCUGCGUGGAGUUCUGGGUGUCCCAGCCCAACCAGACAUACUUGACAAUCACGGCAAACUUCAUCGACGGGGAGUGGCGCCGGGCGAGAUGCAUCCUGGAAACCCAGCCAGUGCAUGAGACUAAAGGGGCAGGUGAUUUAGGAGAGAAGCUCUUCAGCAUCCUGACAGAGUUUGGGUUGUCGAACAAGUCCAUUUUCUGCGUGAUGCACGACAGCCUGCAGAACACAGUGAUGAAUUCACAGCCGCUCAAGAGGGCUUAUGGCUGGACCAGCCUGUGCUGUGCUGCCCACACUCUGCACCUGUGCAUCAAGGCAGGGCUGGAGGUUGAGCAGGUGCAAGAGGCUCUGACUGCUGCCCGGGGCAUCGUGAGCUACUUCCAACAGGAUGCGAAAGCCACCUGCUCGCUGAACAGCAAGCUGGAAGCGAUCAACAAGACCAAGUUGAAGCUGGUGAUGGAUGUGGGAUCUCGCUGGAUAACUACCAUUGAGAUGUGCGAGAGCCUCCUGGACCUCAAAUGGGCGAUCAUGUCCCUGCUGGAGGAACAUCCCAAAGGGACGUUGGCUGUGCAAAACUUAGCUGACCACCAGUGGAAGCUCUUGCAGGACCUGGUGCCAGUCAUGAGGACGAUUAAGAUCGCGACAUCAUUCUUGCGUGAGGAGCAGAACAUCUCCAUCUCUUCUCUGAUGCCUUGCAUCCAUGGUAUCGUCACUGCCAUUGGGCAGCAGUUAGAAGAGUCCAGCGAUGUCAUCAAGAUGGUGGUAAGCAAUAUAAGGUCAGAGCUGAUGCAGCGCUGGAGUAUAUCAGAGGAUGAGAAGGUGCUGGAAAGCCCUGCGAUUAUUGCCUCGUUUCUAGACCCUCGUUUUAAGGAGAUGAGGUUCCUGAGUCCCAACCUGAGGAGUGAGCUGCAUAAGAGAGUCAAAAAUAUGCUAUCAGAGGUCUUCAACCACCAGUCCCCACCUUCUACCCAGUUCUGGGUGCCGAACUCAGAUUACAAAGCAGAGGUAGGAGAAGCAGGGGUCCAGCUGUCUACUCAUAAAGACAGAGUCCCAAGUGGCCAGUCCCAGAGCAUGUAUGACAUCCUUUUGGGGAAAGAUCCAACGGAGAGCAUGCCUGAAAUCCAUCAGCAACUGGAGAACUACAUCGUGGAACCUCUCUGCAAACGCAGCACCAACCCACUGGACUGGUGGAAAACCAAUGAGCACCGCUUCCCCGCCGUGGCGAGAUUAGGCAGGCAGUACCUUGCCAUACCAGCCACUGUUGUGCUGCCAGACCAGGCCUUUGCUGCCAACGAGAGCACCCUGGAGCAUCGGAGAGCAGUCCUCACUCCUGAAAAUCUGGACCAGAUUCUGUUCUUACACCAAAAUUUUGAUUUUUUAGAAUCAAUGAGAAACAGUAAUGAGAUGCGGGGCAGAAAUCUGCAUGCCCAGUACUAAAAUGCAGUGGGGGUGGGGCUGAGUACAGAGGUGAUGUGUAACAGUGUUUAACGCUUCCCUACCUUCUCGGUGGGAUUUUGCCUAACUUCAUUCCCAUUGAAAUUAUCCUUUGAUGUCAAUAGAAGCAGAGUUAAGCCAAUGCUGAGUGUUUUCAAAAUCCUCCCUACAUGUACAACACUGGUUUUGUAACCACUUUGUGAUAGUUUCAUCCAACUCAAAUACAAUAUAAUUCCAGAGCCGAAAGAAAAUGUUAAGUUCUACCAAUUUGGACUUCUUAGCAUCACCUCUGAAUUUGGCCCUGGGGCGUGCUAGUAAAAUCCUAAAGGAUAUACAAAUUCUCAUUGUAGCAAUCUUUUUACAAAACAAAGGUCAAAUAUAUUAAUAUAUGUAAAUGUUAAGACUAUUCACUGCUGCAUGGAUCCUACUACUACAUAGUCAAAAGCUGUGAGUUUUUAUGAAACAGGCCACUGUCCACUAUUUUGAGAUGUUAUUUAAGUUGCACUGAUAAAAGUUUCAGUCCUCAGAGCUACUCUCCUCUUCACCAACGGGUUGUUCCUGGUAAGAGAGAGAAGCAGAUGGAAGUUGUUCCCGUAGGGUAGCCCUUAGCAAUGGGUCACUAGACUGGAAGACAGACCCUGUCUGUUGCCAGUUUUCAGAGGGUAUGCAUGGCUUGGUUGAGAGGAGAGAGAGCAGAAAACCUCCCACAUAAAGGGCCAGAGCCUCAGCUGGUACAAUACAUCAAUGGAGCUUUGCUGAUUUACAUCAGCUGACGACCUGGCCCAUAAACUUGAAUCUUCACUCACACACCAGUUGUAAAGCCAUGUAACCCUGUCUUCAGUGGAGAUACUCCCGACUUACACUGGUCUCAGUGGCUGAAGAAUUGGAUCAUACUAAUUUUGCAUCAGUUUAAUUAACUUAGUUUAAACUGGUUUAUAUCAAUUUAAUUUGCGUUGGUAAAUUUACAGGCACAAGCUAAAUCAAUACGACCAGUUUUAAAUCAGUACAAGGGUAUCCACAGUGUUUGCACAUUUUUUAGUUAAACCAGUGAAACUUGUAUGUAGACAAGGCUUGGGUGAGUGACAGGCUUCAAAGUGAAGAGCACCUUGAGAUGAAUGGAGGCACUGUUCGAGGCCUUCUGUUUGCAUGCUCAGAAGACAGCUGGUCAUAUUUUGCAGUUGUAAGGCUAGAAAGCUUUCUUUCAUUGUAGCAGGGUGGUCACCCUGCUCCUGCCCUGAAGGGCUUAAAACAGCCCUGGGAGAGGGCUGCAGCGGGGGAAAAGUUAGGCUGAUUGGGGGAAGCAGCCACAGCUGGGGCCACGCCCCAGUCAGGCCACAGCUGGCCCUAUAAGAGGGCUGAGGGCCAGAGAGUGAAACACAAACACUCUCUCUCUAGCUUCCCUGAGAGAGGACCUGGCUGCCUGGGAAGCUUAGGUGGGCCAGGGUACAGAAGUGCUGAGGAAGGGCAGAAGGAGCUGGGGAGCUCCAGUCUAGCAAAGCCCCAGGCUGCAGGCCGAGUUAAGGACACAAAAGGGUACAAGGGCUGCAGAGGGGUGGCCCAGGAAUAGGCAGAGGCAGCAGGUCCAACUCCUCUUGCCGAUGAUGAGUGGUUUACAGACUGCAGUCCACCCCAGUGAGUGGGGGCUAGAUGGUGACUGGCAGUAGCCACUGAGGCAAGGUGGGGAUAGGGGGUUGGGGGUUCCCCUAGGUGGGGAGACCCAGAUUGUGGGUUGCUGCGGUGGGCAGAAUCCCUGGACAAAGAGCACUGGGGUCCGGGAGGGACACGGGGGCCAGCAGCAGGCGAGACAUCAGCCGGCAGAGGGCACUCCAGAGCUGGAAAAGAGCUAAUUUCCUGGACAACCAGCAGGAGGCGCCGUGCUGGUGAGUCUUUGCCCUGCCACAUUCAUCUUUAACUUUUUAAAAAAAAAUAACACCUUAAAUUCUGCAGAAGCUAAUGGACAAACGUCCAGGGAAACUGUCCUACUUGCCAUGGGUGAGUAUGUUUGUCAAGCCCUUGACCUGAACAUUGCUGCUUUAGUAAGAGGCUCUACAAGAGCAUUUUGACUAGUGUGAGGAAGGAUUUCAUCAUCCAACCUCGCAAAACAGCCACCAACCCAGCAACAAAAUCUGUUUUCCAGUUCUCGCAUAAUGAUGGGGGGGAACCCUAGUUAUAUUUGACUUGCUGUUCAAGCAAAAGAAAUCCAAUAACAAUUCAACUUUGCAGUUUUGCAAUAUUGUAUUGCUUCUGCAAACAAAGGGAUAGACAAAACCGGUGCAGUAAUUUAUGACUUGCUAUGGUGCUUUAACAUAUUCUGGGAUAUUAACAGUGGGACUGCUAGACAGCUUAUAAGAUUUAUGACAGAUCAAACAGACCGUUAGUUCUGUUGCUGGAUCUUGUGCUGCUCUCAUCACUGUAGUAUCUGAGUGUCUUCCAGUGAUAAAAUAAACAAGGGACUGACAUGUCAUGUGUGGCUCUCAUUCCAUUACUCUCCCCUGGGGGAAAACUGCAUGUGACUAAAAAUAAAAGGA